AGCUAGCGUUGCUGGGACGGGAUAGGUUUGCAAAAGGGAGGUAGCUAGCUCGCUAACAAGACUGGUGGGAAAAGCUGUGAAAAUACUCGCUUAGCUAGCUCGCUAGCUAUAAUAUAAACACGAACAACAAAACGCAGCCAAGCAGACCCAUUUCGGACGUGUAUUCAGUAAUCCCUGUCCAGUCGGGUCCAGCUGGGGAAGAUGGUGAAGCCGGACGUCCACACGCUGGCCCACCACCUGAAGCAGGAGCGGCUCUACGUGGCCUCGGAGAAGCAGCUGAUCCAGAGGCUCAACGCCGAGGUUCUGAAGACGGCCGAGAAGCUCUACCGGGCCGCCUGGAUCGCCAAGCAGCAGCGGAUCAACCUGGACCGGCUCAUCCUCACCAGUGCGGAGGCCUCCCCAGCGGAGUGCUGCCAGCACGCCCGGGUGCUGGAGGACACGCAGUUCGUGGACGGCUACAAGACGCUGGGCUUCCAGGAGAGCGUGUACGGCGAGUUCCUGGGCCGGCUGCGGGAGAACCCGCGGCUGGUGGCGGCCUGCCUGGUGGCGGGGCAGCGGCUGAGCCCCGAGCACGCGCAGGGCGUGGUGCACAGCGUCUUCACCUCGCUGUACGGGAACUGCAUCAUGCCCGAGGACGAGAGCUACCUGCUGCAGGUGCUGCGCUACCUGAUCGAGUUCGAGCUGAAGGAGAGCGACAACCCCCGGCGCCUCCUUCGCCGCGGCACCUGCGCCUUCAGCGUGCUCUUCCGCCUCUUCUCCGAGGGCCUGUACGCCGCCAAGCUCUUCCUCACCGCCACCCUCCACGAGCCCAUCAUGCACCUGCUGGUGGAGGACGAGGACCACCUGGAGACGGACGCGGCCAAGCUGACGGAGCGGCACACGCCCGCCCAGCAGGAGCGCCUCUUCGGGGAGAAGGGCUCCGAGGCGCACCGGCGCAAGGUGCAGGCGGCCGUGGAGGCCAACGAGGCCAAGCUGGUGAGCCUGGUCAACAAGUUCAUCGCCUCGCUGCGGCAGAACACCUACUGCUUCCCGCACGGGCUGCGCUGGGUGGUGUCGCAGAUGUACCGGACGCUGUCGCGGGUGGAGCGGCUGGAGGUGGGCGAGGUGCGCUCCAUGUGCACCCACCUGCUGCUCACCUGCUUCAUCUGCCCCGCCGUGGUCAACCCCGAGCAGUACGGCAUCAUCUCGGACGCCCCCGUCAACGAGGUGGCCCGCUUCAACCUCAUGCAGGUGGGGCAGUUGCUCCAGCAGUUGGCCAUGGCCGACGCUGAUGAUGCGGAUCCGCGCAGGAAGAGCAGCCUGUCCAAGUUUGACAAAAGCUGCGUGGCCGCCUUCCUGGACGUGGUGAUUGGCGGGAGGGCCGUGGAGACCCCGCCCAUGUCCUCGAUGAACCUGCUGGAGGGCCUGAACCGGACGGUCGUGUACAUGACGCACAACCAGCUGCUCGCGCUGGUGGACUUUGUGCGGGGCGUGACGACGGGGGACCAGCUGUCUGAGGAAGAGCGCCUGGCCCUGGAGACUCUCCUGGCCAGCAUCCCGCAGUCCCACGCCGUGAAGAGCAACAGCCUGGAGCUGACCCCCUCCAACACCCCCCAGCUCUCGCCGGCCACCACCCCCGCCAACAAGAAGAACCGCCUGCCCAUAGGGCAACAGAUUGUGGCCAUCACCCCCUGGGACUCCACCUCCGCCACCCUGUAUGGUUACAUCCCCUUAGUCACCCCUUUCGCAGCCUCCCGCAGCCGCAGCCGCACCAACAUUGCCCAGGAGGGGGAGCCAGAGGCCAGCUCCCAAGAGUCCAUACAGGAAGUGGUGCCUGAGGAAGUACUGGUUAUAUCUAUGGGGAUUGCCCCUCAGAUUGUUCCUGGGAUGAUGUCAGAGAAUGUGGUCCUGACGCUGCAGAUGGCCGACGGGGCGCAGGGCGACGCGCCGGCCGACGACACGAAGCUCCACGGCAAGCCGGACAAGACGCUGCGCUUCUCCCUCUGCAGCGACAACCUGGAGGGCAUCUCUGAGGGUCCGUCCAAUCGCUCGAACUCGGUGUCGUCCCUGGACCUGGAGGGCGAAUCGGUGUCCGAGCUGGGGGCGGGGCCGUCCGGGAGCAACGGCGUGGAGGCUCUGCAGCUUCUGGAGCACGAGCAAGCCACCACUCAGGACAACCUGGACGACAAGCUGCGUAAGUUUGAGAUCCGGGACAUGAUGGGCCUGACGGACGACCGCGACAUCUCGGAGACGGUCAGCGAGACGUGGAGCACCGACGUCCUGGGCAGCGACUUCGACCCCAACGUGGACGAGGACCGGCUGCAGGAGAUCGCUGGGGCGACGGUGGAGAGCAUGCUGGGUAGCCUGCUCUGCCUGCCCGGCUCGGGACCGUUGCUGCUGGACCCGUACGGCUCCACCAUCUCCGAGACCACCAGCGAGGCCUGGAGCGUGGAAGUGCUGCCCAGCGACUCGGAGGCCCCGGACCUGAAGCAGGAGGAGCGUCUGCAGGAGCUGGAGAGCUGCUCCGGGGUGGGCAGCACCUCCGACGACACGGAGGUCCGGGAGGUCAGCUCCCGGCCCAGCACCCCCGGCCUCAGCGUGGUCUCAGGCGUAAGCGCCACCUCGGAAGACAUCCCCAACAAGAUGGAGGACCUGCGGUCGGAGUGCAGCUCGGACUUCGGGGGGAAGGACUCGGUGACCAGUCCAGAUGGGGAGGAGUCGGCGCACGGAGGGCACCACUUGACGUCUCCCCCAUCCCAGGCCGAGUCCCUGCUGGCCAUGUUUGAUCCCCUGUCUUCCGCAGAAGGUUCCUCCACGGGCACCAUCGUGAGGCCCAAGGUGCACUGCACCCGGCCGCCCCACCCUCCGCCGGACCCGCCCGUGGCGGAGCCGCGCCACGCCCUGUUCGGACCCCACGGCCUGGCGCAGGCGGAGCUGGAGCUGGCCAAGCAGCGGCACUCCUACCCCGACCGGCUGGUGCGCAGCCGCAGCUCGGACAUCGUCUGCGCCGGCCGCCGGCCCACCAGCGACCCCGGCCUCAACCGCCGGGCCACCGUGGAGGAGCGGGACCCGGCCCCCGGCUUCUCCCUGGGACCCUCGUCCUCGCCCAGCAAGGACUCGCUCAAAGGAGACGAGGAGAGGAAGGACAGCGAUGACGAGAAGUCCGAUCGCAACCGACCAUGGUGGAAGAAACGCUUUGUCUCGGCCAUACCCAAAGUGCUGUACUGGACUGCAGAAAGCGAAGGACCAGCUCCCAUGGCGGCGUUCCGGAAAAGAGACAAGCUGGAGAAGGACGACGUGGUGCUGGAGCGGGUCCCGCAAGACGAGCCCCUGCCCAGACAGAACACUCAGGACCAGGCGGCCGAAGACAUCCUGGACAAGUACAGGAACAUCAAGCGCAUCAGCCCCGGCGAGAGAGCCGCCGCCGCCUCGUACGACAGCCAGGAGGCCUGUGGAGGAGAAGGAGAGAGUGUUCACGACUCCCCCAGAGAGGAGGUUCUGCAGAACAUCUCCACAGACGACCUGCCCGACUCCGCCAGCCAGACAGCCCACCCUCAGGACUCCAAGUUCUCCUUCAGUGAUGCAAAGAAGAAGCUGAGACUGGCCCUGUGCUCUGCGGACUCUGUGGUCUACCCCAUCACGUUCCCUGCCUCCACCCGAAACGGCCUUCCUGACCACGGCGACCAUGAAGACAACGAGAUCGUGUGCUUCCUGAAGGUGCAGCUGGCGGAAGCCAUCAACCUGCAGGACAAGAGCCAGAUGGCCCAGAUCCAGGAGACCACGCGCUGUGUCAGCCGCUUCGACGCCCGCACCUGCAGGAAGCUGCUGGCCGCCAUCGCCGACGACUACAGGAAGCGGGCGCCCUACAUCGCCUACCUGACGCGGUGUCGGCAGGGCCUGCAGACGUCGCAGGCGCACCUGGACCGCCUCCUGCAGAGGGUGCUGCGGGACAAGGAGGUGGCCAACCGCUGCUUCACCGCCGUCUGCGUGCGGCUGCUGCUGGAGCAAAUGGAGGCCAAGAUGCAGGGCUUCAUCAGAGCGUUCCAGGGGUGCACGGCGGCCGACGACAAGACGGCGUCGGUGGAGGACUUCCUGCGCUACCUGUACGGCGCCAUGGCGAACGACGCCAUCUGGCAGUACGCCAGCGAGGAGCAGCUGCAGGACGCGCAGGCGGCCAUCGAGCGCAGCGUCAUGAACCGCAUCUUCAAGCUGGCCUUCUACCCCAACCAGGACGGGGACGUCCUGAGAGACCAGGUCUUACAGGAACACAUUCAGCGCCUCUCCAAAGUGGUGACAGCCAAUCACAAGGCUCUUCAGAUUCCAGAGGUGUACCUGAAGGAGGCGCCGUGGCCGUCUGCGCAGUCGGAGAUCCGGACGAUCAGCGCGUACAAGACGCCGCGGGACAAGGUGCAGUGCAUCCUGCGCAUGUGCUCCACCAUCAUGAACCUGCUGAGCCUGGCCAACGAGGACUCGGUGCCCGGCGCCGACGACUUCGUGCCCGUGCUCGUCUUCGUGCUCAUAAAGGCAAACCCGCCCUGCCUGCUGUCCACCAUUCAGUACAUCAAUAAUUUCUACGCCAGUCGGCUGAGUGGGGAGGAGUGCUAUUGGUGGAUGCAGUUCACCGCAGCGGUGGAAUUCAUUAAAACCAUCGACGACCGCAAGUGAUGCAGAACUGCCACCUGUACGGGCUGCCACCCGACCAACUGCUCCAGGACCGCGCCCACGUACCCCCCCCACCCUCCCACCCCCCUCCCCCGCUCACACCUGUACCCCGAUUUGUCACUCUGUAUUGUAUAGCUGUACAUAGAGUAAGAGACAUUUUAGUAUCAAAGAGUAUAUCGUAAUAACAAAAGCAAGGAAAAGGAAAAAGUUGGUUUUACAAGGAACAACCAUGAAUGAUGAAUUGCCUCUCUCUUCUUUCUCUCUCUCUCUCUCUCUCCCUCCCCUUUCCCUCUCUGAGCAGUUUGGGUGCUGCAUUAAAAGAUCCUGAAAAGGAUCAUUAUGAAUAUUAUUUAAAAUUAAUAUUUAAUCCAGUUUUUUUUAAAAAGGGACCAGAAUUCUACAGGCAGUUUGUGGGUUCUUUUACUACCUGCAAGCGCUACACAUUCUCCUUCCCCAGACACGCAGACCACGAACGGAAGCGGCCACAGUAUCCGCCUGUUAAAACGGAGGGUGCGGGCUCUCCGGCCAGAUCGAACGCGCAGGGUUAACUUCUGGUUCAUUUCUACAGCACAUCUGAGCUGAACGGCGACCGCAACCUUGUCUUUCUUUUCCUUUUUUUUUUUGUUUUCCCAGCGAGAGCCAAUAAGGCAGCCGUACUGUCUCUUUUUCGAAUCGCACGGAAGCACACGCCAGCCAUUUGCGUAGCUGGACUGUUUGUUUUACGGAACGUAACGAGCUUGUAAAAGGUAAUUUUCUUCAUCUUUAAAAAAAACAAACAAACAGAGAAAACAGUACUUCCCAACUGGACAGAAAGGCCC